ACCAUCUGUCACAGACCAGUCUAGAAUAAUCCACAUUAAUGAUAAGAACACGAGUAAACAAACGCGAGCGGAAAGAAUCGGUGGACAGUUUGGUUUGUGAGGUGGCCUCGCAGUAGCAAAACCAGUAUGAUAUGGUUUUGUACCACCAGAGGGAGAACUCAGUCAAAAUACACUAUAGACCAGACCAAAGCGGAUUAGACCGGAACCUGCGUCGUCUAGUCUCGUGUUUACAAAUGAACAAAAAGGUCAGGUGGAAAACACAGCGAAAUCAGUAAAUAUUCUGACUGAAAGUCCCUUCCUUCUGAAUUAUGUUACUUGGAUGGAGAAAUUAUUAAUUUCGAGGUUCUUUAAACUUGACUGAAGUUGUAAAGAAUGGACGCGCUGUGGACGAAGCCAAUCGAAGACCCCCUUUCAUUGAUGAGCUUCAUGGUUCCUCCAUUGAGGUUACUCUCUGCAGCCAUGUGGCAGGUGACAGAACAGAGACAAGUGAAGCACUAUGGGAUGCUGGAGGAGUUUGUAACCAUGGUGACGGAGGCUGUGCCUGAGCUCCUGAAUUACCGUCAAAGAGCCCAGCUGAUACUUGGAUUAAGAGCAAGGCUACUUCUGGAGUCGUGUCGUGUUAAAAAUCAAGUCGAUAUGGACAAUCUUCAGCCUCAGUUGGAUCGAAUCCGGGGUCCUCGUGUGAACACCACACUCAGUGAGGUUGACAAAGACAUUGAGGAAUCUGAGACCCAUUUUUUGGACCUUGUUCAUACCAUUAUCAACAACCCUGUAGAGAGAGAGAACUUUUUCCAGAAUGUUUUCCCAGUGGAAUACGGGCCAAAAUUUGACAAAACAAUUCAUACACUUAUGGAAGACUUCCUUUUACAGCUUGAUCGGAUGAUAUCAGUCCCAGAUCUUUCACAGACGGUCUCGUGGCUCAGGGCUUGUCCCUCUCUUCUGGACAAGUGUCUUCAGUCAAUUUCUGUCCCGAAGCAAAUGAAGAUCCUUCUUGAACACCAGAGAGCAAACGGACAUCUUCUGGAAAAUGAGUCUCUUCCACUGGUUCGAGUCGUCAUACCCAGCGAACACACAGAAUCUGGUGACCCGUCUGAAUUGGGAAACGAUUUAGAUGGUCUUGAAGAUGAUUGCCACAGUUCUAUAACCUCAUCUGAUUUCCAUAUCUCUGGCUGGUCAGCUAUGAAGGGAAAACUCAAGAAAGAGACAAAUGAACUGAUGGAGAGAGAGGAUGAAGAUGAUGAUGAUGAUGAUGAUAAUAAUGAUGAUGAUGUUAAUGAUGAUGAUGAUGAGGAAUACUUGCCAACCAAAAGUGAUAGGGGAACGCUUGCUCAUUCUCGGAAUCAAACAAGCAUCAAAAAAACACUAGGGAAAUCCAAUAAAAGGAAAAGAGAUGACAAAGACGUUGAAGUGUCCAGAGAAUUCACGUUUAUCAAUCACUUGGGGGCGUAUACAGACGAGGCUUCUUACCCCACCACCGAGGCUUCAAAAGUCCCUUGGACAGAUGAAGAAACAUUCAGUCUCAUCGACAUAUGGGGGAAAGACAGUAUCCAGCGGACUCUGAAAGACUGUGCCCACAACCGCCACAUAUUCAACCUCAUUUCAAAGAUGAUGUCCGAGCGAGGGUUCGCCAGAACAGCAGAACAGUGUCACACCAGGAUAAAACGCUUGAAAAUGAGCUUUCGACAAUGCCAUGAAAGCAAUAUGAGAGGAAAAGUGCGACCCGAAUGGAAGUUCUACAAUCUGCUCGAGAAAAUUCUCUGUGGUAAAGACUCCUUUACAAACCAGGAAGUCCGUAUCAAUGCUAAAGAUGACACAAUUUCAGACAAGUCCACAGGACAGCAGGAGGAAGAGGACACUACUGACCAGGAGUUUCUUGGUCAUGCUGGACAGGAGGACACUAGGAAUGUUUCAUGGACAGACCUAGAGACUCAAACCCUGAUCAAGAUCUGGGGAGAGGACAGAACCCAGCGAGAACUGAGAGGAGUCCACCAGAACGGACACAUCUUCGCCAUGAUCUCCAAAAAGAUGGCCGCUCACGGUUACAUCCGAACGGCAGAACAGUGUCAGACUAGAAUGAAGAGACUGAAGCAGUGUUUCAAACAGUGUUAUGAGAAUAACCUCAGCAGCACGGAGGGCAAAGAGCAAGCUGAAUUUAAAUUCUAUAAACAGAUGGAGAAAAUUAUGAGUAAUGAAGAGUCCAGUCACAUGCUUUUGACAGAGGUCAAAGACGAAGAGUCGGACAGUGAAUACCAGGUGUACACAUACCAGGAUAUAGAAACAGCAGUGAACUGCACAGACGACAGGAAGAAGGUUGCAUGGUCAGAUGCAGAGACGUUGAUUCUCCUGCAGUUAUGGGGUGAUGAGCAGGUCCAGCAGAACCUGCAGCGUUGCCCUCACAACGGCCACAUCUACUCUGAGAUCUCAGCCAAGCUGAACGCCCACGGCUACCCGCGCUCCGCUGAGCAGUGCCAAACCAGAAUCAAACGGCUGAAGAUCAGUUACCGGCAGUGCAGAGACCGCAUCAGUUCAUCUGAAGCCGAACACGUAGAUUUCAAAUUCUAUGAUCUGAUGGAAGACAUUUUUCAAAAGAAUUCUUCUCCCAAAGUGUCAGAAGUGCCAGAUAAUGAAUCCUUUAGCACCAUCAAAUCAGAAUCUCAGGAGGCCUGCAGCAGUGUGGAGCAGACAGCAUCGGGUUUCUGGUUAGACGCAGAAACCGAAGCUCUCAUUGAUGUGUGGGCAGAAGAUGAGGUGCAGAACGCCCUGAGAGGCUCCGUCCAUAACGGCCACGUAUUUGCUGAUAUAGCAGAGAAACUGAACAGUCAGGGAUUCCUUAAAACACCAGAGCAAUGCAGACUGAAGAUCAAGAACAUGAGGAAGAAUUUCCGGCAGUGUUACGAAAAGAAAAAAUGUGGCAUAAAGGAAGUAGGUUUUAAGUUCUAUGAUAAACUGGAGCAGGUGUUGGGCGAUGAGGACUUUUCCACGGAUGACUUUGAAGAGAAAGAUGAUCAGGAUGCAGAAUCCCAGUGGGCAGGAGUUGUUGCAGUGACUGAAUCGGGCAGGAAGAUGCCCUGGUCACACCAGGAGACCCAGGCUCUGCUGGAGAUCUGGGGUGAGGGACGUGUGCAGCACAGCCUCAAGAGCUCCCUGAAAAACAGGCACAUCUACAGAUACAUUUCAAAGAAAAUGGCAGCACUGGGUUUCAACAGAACGGGCGAACAGUGCCACUCACGGGUGAAAAGACUCAAAGCCCAGUUUUACUAUGAAGGCAAGGAAGAGUGUAAAUUCUACGACCGGAUGGAACAGAUUCUUUUAAAGGACACAAGCACUGACAAAACGUCUGAUGAGCAGGACAUCAGCGAGCUGGAAUCCAUAACUGAUUCGGAUUCAGAAUCAGCAGCUCUCUCCAAACCUCCCUCUGGGGAAGGGCCGAAGCUGACAUGGGGUGACGUUGAGACGCGGGCUCUCAUAUCCAUCUGGGGGAGUGAUAAGAUCCAGGAGAAGCUGAAAGUCAGUGUCAUACGCAGACCUAUUUUUGAGCAGAUCGCUCAGGCCAUGGCUGAUAAGGGCUUCAGCAGAACCGCAGAACAGUGUCGGACCAGGAUCAAAAGACUGAAGGCCAGCUACCGCCAGUGUCUGGACAGUUACAGAAAUAAUGGGGAGAAGGUGUAUUGGAAGUUCUUCAACCAGAUAAAGAAAAUAUUUGAAAAGUAUCCAUAUUUAGAUGAGGCCGAAACCACCGUGACUCAAAAGCCAAAGACAGUUGGGAGGGAAACCGCCAGCACAUCUGCAAAUGCAUAAAGCUCAGCUUAUGGAUUUGGAGUGACCUUUAAAAAGGUUUUCAGUCUAACUCCACCACAGAAUCUCCUGUGGAGUGUGCAUAAGACUGACUUUCUCCUCCAUAUCUGGCCUGAGAGGUACAAACGGGACCUGACAUUGAGGUAUUUUCUGUCACAUGGCCUGUGGAUGAUGGAGCAAGGGGACACACAACCCCCUGACCAGCUGAGUGCAAAGGCACCGGUACAUGAUUUCUGCACAUCUAAAAGACAUUUGCCUACCAGUGCUGUUGUUUUGUGGCUUUAGUUGAUCACACAUUUUCACAGGGAACACUGAACUGUCUCAACUUCUUCCAUGACUUUGAAGGCAGUAUAAUAUUUGCAUAGCAAGGUGUUAUUUGGAUUAGUCAUUUCCUCAGAGACCAAUCAGUGCUAUUUCCUUUGUACUUUGUAACUGUAGUUUUUUUUUUUUUUUUUUUUUAACCAUCUAUUAUGAAAAAUGACAAAGAUGGCAUAAAAUCUCAUUUUUCUCAGACUGUUUUUUAAAGUCGUGGACUCAAAAAUCAAGUAACAGGAAUGUGAAUAAGCUUAGUUCGAUUUUGUUGCAAAUUUUAUGAUAAAAAAAAAAAACAAAAAAAACACUGAAAUAUUUUAUAACAUAAUGGGAACGUGUGAAUUUAGCUAAUCUUUAUCUUCCUGGUUUAGACUGAUUUUUCCUGGAGUGAAUAAUGUCUUCUAAAAACAACUUCCACUACUGAAUUAUUAUUGUUUAUUUUUAUCGUAAUGAGAAGCAAUUUUAAGAGGAAAAGUCAUGACCUGGAAAUAAAUGCAACACUAAAGAUUUCCUUGUUACAUAAAUGCAUUAGAUAUGAGUAUAUUUGAUUUGCUAGAUUUAGCAACAAAAUAUGUAGUUUACCAGUACACAGGAUGACGCCAAAUCUCAUUAGCAUAAGAGUGAGCACAAUGUGUAUGAUCCAAAUGUUGGAUCCAAAUUAUGUAAAUUAAGGUUUAAGCUCACAUUCUGUCCACUUUCUCUGUGUAAAAAAUACCUUGCCAAGUUGUGCAUUGCACUGUAAUUAUGGAAUAGUAGAUAAUACGAUGGCUUAAAACAAGACAUUUAUAGCAAUAAGCCACCUUUGUUUAGGAGACAAGAUAAUCAGAACUGAAAUGUAUCCAUUAAUUCUCUGGAUGGGCAAUUUUGUAACCUCCUUCCGAACUCGGAGAAAACGACAAAAAUAUGCCAUAACCUUUCGUUAAUUCUUCUGUACAUAAUUCACGAUACUUUGUUGUAUUGAGUGAUUUUAAUCACAUAUUGCUUUCAGCCAUUUUACUGUGCAAUAAACAAUUAUUUAUUUGUA